AUGACAGGCUGGGUUUAUAAAACCUCUGCCAGCACUGAACGCACAAGUUCGAAGGCCACUUGUCUCUGCGAUCUGUCACGUAUGCACAUGCAGCAAGGUCCGACAGCCUCAGCAUCACUAUUCACCCUGAAGGGCACGGGAGUGCAGAGAAAGCUCAGCUUCAUCAUGAAGUCCUUCUUCCUACUGCUCUUCAUCCUGUUGUUGGUGUCCCAUGGAUCUUCAGCAGUCAUCACAGGGGCCUGUGAGAAGGACUCUCAGUGUGGAGGAGGGACGUGUUGCGCAGUGAGUUUGUGGAUCCGCAGCCUGCGUAUGUGCACGUCCAUGGGACAGGAGGGAGACGACUGUCACCCUAUGAGCCACAAGGUUCCUUUCAAUGGGAAGAGACUACACCAUACCUGUCCCUGCCUGCCCAACCUGUCCUGUAUCACCAUAGAGGAGGGCAGAUCCAAAUGUCUCUCACCGUUCCAGCAGCAAGAUUACUACCUCUGA